AUAAUGCCUUCUAAAUUCUUUGCAUAUCUUUUCCUACUCUCAUCAUUCCUUUCAGUUGGGAUGUUUGGAUCAGUUUAUGGCGAUAAGAAAACAUGGUGUGUGGCGAAGCCGUCAUCGAGUGAGGCGAUGUUGUUAGAGAACGUGAACUACGCGUGCUCGCAAGUCGACUGUGGGAUCUUGGCGAAAGGUGGUGCGUGUUAUUUGCCGGAUAAUCUCAUCAACCACGCCUCCAUUGCCAUGAAUAUUUACUAUCAAUGCAAGGGAAGAAACUCGUGGAAUUGCCAUUUUGGUAACUCGGGUCUCAUUACUAUUACGGACCCAAGUUAUGGAGGUUGCCACUAUACGUAAAUGAUUGGCACGAAGAUCCAAGAAGACGAUGUUCUCGAUUUGUACCCAAAAUUUCUAGCAUUAGAAGUAGUUAGAGACCAUUGGUAUGUUAUUAUUAGGUUUGAUCGAAUGCAAGAAGCAAGAAACUUGGCUAAUUUGUAGCAUUAUUUCUGUUAUUUGAACAAUAUUGCUUUGAAGGGCUUUUGCU